CGGCCAUCUCCUUCUCACUCACCAAUUGACUGAGGGGUCGAUCGCAGGAUGCAGUGUCGCUUGCAUAGGGUUACAAUGUCUAAAUACGCUUGAUGCAGUUGGUCGCCGGCCUUAUCAACAACCACUCGUUGUCCAGGCCAGUGGCAGACGAAGCUAUCUUCAGGCCACCGUUCUUCUAAGACGCUAUCAUCCCUCGAUAUGUCCUGAAUGUCAGCCAAUCAGACGCAGGCCGCAUACUCUAUCGAUGUCCCCUUGUCUCUCAGUACCAAUGGCAGCAUCAUAGUUAGCUGGAAUCGAUUGUGACGGUGUACUGUACGUCCUCCACGAAUCUGCACUUGGCAUGCUACAGAAGUCUUGCCCGCAUUACGGCUGUGAUCCUGGAUGGUCAUGUCUUCGGACAUAUCCCACGCCUGUCACCUGUUGUCACAACUGGGGGAUACUUAGCCACGUCCCUCCCCCAGGCCAUACCUGGACCUGACCUGUAUGACUUGGUGUUUGCAAAGAUGGAUGCUGUAACCGUGGUGGACCACCACCACGCCCCUUCAAGCCAGCAAGAGUCUGAUGAUGGCCGCCAUGCUGCGACAGAUGGAGGAUAUCAACAUGAUGACCUGGAAACGGCAAAACAGAGUGUGAUCGUGACCGAUUCCACCUUGACUAGCGGCACAGCUCGAGCAGAGGCGAUGCAACUUGUCUGGGGCAGACAUGGAAGGCUGAUAGUAUGGCUGGGCAUCAGUAUGAUGCUGAUUGUCUACCAAUUCGACAAUGCUCUGCUCUACAACUAUCGAAACUAUGCUGCCUCGGCCUUCAACAAUGUCGCAGGUCUGGGUACUCUUGCUGUAGCCGGAAAUAUCGUCUUCGCUGUUGCCAAACCACCUAUCGCCAAAAUCUCCAAUGUGAUAGGCCGUCCGGAAACAUAUGUCUUCUGCAUCCUGUGCUACUUAUUGGGGUACAUCCUUUGCGCCAGCUCGUCGAGCUUUGGUGUCUAUGCUGGGGGCUUUGUCUUUGCGAAUCUCGGCCAGACCGGAGUCAACAUCCUCAACGACAUCAUCAUCGCCGACAUCACAAGUAUGAGGUCCAGAGCCUUUGCCAUUGGCAUCAGCUUCUUUCCAUUUUUGAUCACUCCUUGGAUCAGUGGCUUCAUCGUUGAAGACGUCGUCGAGCCUGGAGGCAUAGGUUGGAGGUGGGGAAUUGGCAUGUUUGCAAUCAUCAUGCCAGUGGCGGCCAUCGCUCUAAUAGGACCGCUCUUGUAUUACCAAAGGCGAGCCAAGAGGAUGAGUGUUGUUUUGACACAGAAGAUGACGUUGCGCGACUUCUGUUCUCAGAUCGACCUUGGAGGAACAUUCCUUCUUGCGGCUGGGUUCUCGAUGUUCUUGAUCCCUUUCAGUCUGGCUGGUACGACCCCCAGGAGAUGGAAUACCGGCUAUAUCAUCGCACUGAUAGUACUCGGCGCUUGCACGCUUUGCGGGCUUAUACUGUACGAGAUCUUCGUCGCCGCACACCCAAUCCUCCCUGCUCGAUACUUCAGAAAUGCGUCCAUCGUCAUCUGCUGCUCACUCGGCUUCCUGGAUAAUUUGGGUUUCCAAGCGACACAUACCUACCUCUACACCUGGGCCACGACCGUCCAUAACAUGGGACCACGGGAUGCGACGUUUCUCAACUACACGAAUGGCGUCUGGCAGUGUCUCAUCGGCAUCAUAGCCGGCGCAAUCAUGUACAAAACCAGACGCUACAAGUGGCUCAUGGUGAUUGGCACAGCAGUCAAACUGCUUGGCUUCGGCAUGAUGAUACGCUUGAGAGGUGCAAACAAUUCAUGGGCUGAACUGUUCGUUGUCCAGUCAAUCCAGGGGUGGGGGUCUGGGAUCAUUGAAAUCGGCAUCAUCGUGGGAGCUCAGGUUGUUGUUCCUCACACAGAAAUGGCGCAGGUGACGGCUCUCGUCUUGCUCUGCGCAUUCGUCGGAGCUGCGAUUGGCAAUGCUAUUGCUGGCGGUAUCUACAGCGACACUUUCAAAGAUGCCCUGCGAAACCAUCUAGGAGCUGGAGCCACAGACUCGGUCGUGAACGCCGUUUUCGAGUCCAUUACAAGUGCAACGAUACCUGCUGAAGGCACCCUACAGCGCAAGGCUGUCAACCUAGCUUACUCCGAUGUACUUCGCAACAUCACAUACGCCGCCUUGGGAACAUCGGCAAUCUGCUUGGUGAUAGCCUUCUUGCUACCUAAUCUCCAGCUGAGGGACGGUCAGAGUUUGGUGUCGAGCGGCAGUGCUGACGUUCAUGAAGCGAGUGCAGAAACGGCGGAUGAUGGGAGGGCGAAAGGAAAUGAAGCGGGAGGUGAGAUCCAGGCUACCAAGACCUGAACUUUCCCAGGCAAAGCAGUCAGACAUGAAUCUGCUUGACCAGACUGUCACCCAAAUCAUUGAACGCCUCGUGGUUCUGAAACUCCUUCGAGCUCUUCGCUUUCCAGGCCGCGCCAUCACCACCCGGUACUGCAUUCUGGCCUGUGAAUGCGAUGUACAAUACAUCCGCAGGCCCAUGUCCGUUGUCGUUCGUCAUGGAGUCGCCGAAGCAGAGUCUCGCCAAAGAAAUGGAUGCUUCACCCACCAAAGGAGGUCCAUCGCUGCCAUUCUCGUCUCCCCAUAUGCCAUAGAACUUGGGAUAUUUCAGUGCGCGCGUAUAGUAUGUGGGCAGAGU